AGCGUUCUAUGAACUGGGGCGGUUUUGUUGAGGGGCGCUUUGACGUGCACCGUGUUUACUAUUGCCAGUAAUAUGGCCGAGCGUGUUCACGAUCAUGGACCAUCUACAAGUAAACGGAGAAAGAUAGAUUCGUGUCUGUCUCCAAGUCUCGUGUCGCCAAUUAUCCUAGACGACUUAUCAACAGCUAUAUUUACUCUUUGUUCAUUCAAAUCCAUGUUGUUACCGUACAAAGUUACGUCAUCUAACGCAGCGAGUCCCGUAUCCUUUAGUAAAGCAUUUUGUGAACUAGAAAAUUUGGAUAGAGGCUUCAUUUUGGGAGAUGUAUUCAGACGAGGAAUAAACAUUGCAAUUGAUUUUCUCCAUGGAAAUAUUCCCGAAGCAAAGCAUGAAAAAAUUAUCCUAGAAAAACUUGUCAAGAUUUUGAAAUUAGGAGUUGAGAUGGUUGAUGCAAAUGCUGAAAGUGAAACGGACAUGACGACUCUGCUGGCAAACCAUCUUUUCGGAAAGCUGGCAAUUUCACCAGACUUCACUAUUUACAAAGGCUGUAAAAGUGAAAGAGGAAAAAGAUGCAGCUGCAGUGAUGGAAACUGUGUAUUGACUGGAGAUUUUGGAGAUACCAGUAUAGGAAACCUGAAAGUAUGGCAUGGCAGUGUGGACGUUAUUAUCAAGAAUGACCUUGUUAUUGAAAAUUUGGAGAAGGAACAAGACAGUCCCGGUGGAAAAUCUCCUGUAGAGGUUAAACUGAUAAGUGACAAUUUGAGUAGAAAUCCACAGCUGGUUGCAGAGACUAUUGUGUUUUCAUUUUUGCAAAAAAGAACACACCCUGAGCUGCCCAAUUUUCUCAUUCCAUGUGUAGGCUUCAAGAGUAGUGCAAUGCUUUUGAUGUUAUAUGAUUCAGAGCAUGAUGUCUUUUUAGAAAGUUCCCUUAUUCCUCUCUUUUCUUCAACAUGUAAAAACAUGUUUUCAGUGGAAGCAGUUUUGGUCACUUGGCUAGCAGUCAAUUACAGAUUUCUUUGCACGGGCUUGACAGAAGAAAUGCUCCCAUUUAAAGCAUGUUUCUUUGAAGAAGCUAAAAACAGAAAAUCUGUAUAUGAAAAUGAUCUUCAGAUGCAUAAUGUAGGGCAAACACCUAUAAAGGAGACCACUUUACCAAAUGAAUGGGAAUUUAGUGAUUUUGUGAUGGAAAGUCGGAAAAGAAUAGGACAGUGGAAACUCAAGGGGAAAACAUAGAUUUGUUCAAGUAGUUCCAUAAUAUAUGUUUGAACAAUUGCUAUAUUAAAAGGGUUACUCUACACAAAUUUUUUGCAACUACCCCUUACAUCUUAUUAGCUCACCUGAGUCACACUCAAGUGAGCAUUUCUGAACAAAAUUUGUCUGUUGUCUUUCAUUGCGACAUAGUCAUCGAUGAUGUUGUAAACUUUUCAUACUUUUAUCUUCUCUAGAACCACAGGGCCAAUUUUCAAACAAACUUUGUACAGAGUAUCAUUAGGUGAAGUGAAUUACAAUUUGUUCAAAUGAAGGGCCACCCUUUCUUCCAAUGGAACUCUUCCAGUGGGAGAUUAUUUAGAAAGUGAAAAUUGGAUGAACCACAAUCUCAAAAACUGCUUGGCCAGAAAAUAUGUAACUUUUGUGAAGACUUUGACAAACCGGUAGUGUAGAUUCACGAAAAAAUGGGCAAUGAUUGUCAUUCAAAGUUUUACAUUAAAAUACAAAAGAAAAAUCAAUAAAAAUCUUCUUCUCAAAACUAGUCAAUUUAUAUAGAAGCAUCAUCAGGUAGUGUAUAUUUAACAUUGUUCAAUUCAUGACUGCAAGGGAUACAGUGGGACCCAGUUUUACAUACCAUUGUCAUCCAAGUUUCUUUAAAUCAUGUUCCCCAUGGGCAGGAUGGGCCGUAAUGGCCGAUCAAUAUUUUACAAAGAAAUACUUUAUAAAAAAGUUUUAAAUAUCUGCUUUUCAAGAACAACAAAGAUAUAAUUUGUCAUAUUUAUAUUGGAAGCAUCCUCUAGUUGGGUAGUUUCUAAUUUGUUCAGAGCAUGACCUCUGGAGGUGGGAUGAGGCCACAAUAUCUGAUAGAAGUUUUUAAGCAUAGAAAUAGUCUCAAUUAGAUAGGAAAAAAUUAUUUGGUUUGAGGGCCAUUAUUUCCUCAGGUGAGUGUUGUGGCCCAUUGGCCUUUUGGUGUAUUUUUUUGUAAUUAAAUUUGUAUGUCAGUCACCCUCAAUUUGAUGUACUUUCAUUCUAAUUAAUAUAAUAAAUAAUAUAUCACUGUCUCA